GUUUUGAUAAAUCUCCCCCACUGUGUCUGGUAUCAUACCAGACUCUACCUAUAGCCAAGAGUGGUGCUGUUUUGGAAAACAAAAAGGUAGACCACUUAAAUGGCAUGAGAAAAAUGCUUGGUAUUUAGAUCAAAGGCUGGCAUGAAAGAACAAAAGCGGUCACCAUUACUACCAAGGCAAAAAUCAUUCAUUCCACCACAGAUACCAAACCCUUUCAUCCAUGAAAUCAACUUUACUCCCACUGACAAGAUACGAAUGGUAAUAUGUGGCCUGUUCAUUCUACCAUUCCGGAUUGUUCUUUUUUUAACUGUACUGAUACUAUCCUGGUUAGUAGCAAUUAUUGUCACUAGCUGCAUUCCGAAAGACAACGUGGAACCAAUGAAAGGAUGGAGGAGGAGUAUUGCAAAACAUUUUCUUAGCUACCUUGGACGCCUACUUUACUUUUCUAUGGGAUUUCAUGUCAGGGUCAUUGGAAAACCUGCAAGCUGCUUGGAAGCACCAAUAUGUGUUGUAGCUCCACACUCUUCCUUCUUUGAUGGCAUUGCAGUUAUCGCAUCGGGGAUGCCGUCAACAGUAUCCAGAGUAGAAAAUGUUUCAGUGCCUAUAUUUGGCAGUAUUCUCCGUGCCCUACAGCCUGUAGUAGUAUCCCGAGUUGAUCCUGAUUCUCGGCGAAAUACAAUAAAUGAGAUAACAAAGAGAGCAACAUCAGGAGGCGAAUGGCCCCAGGUUUUAAUAUUUCCUGAAGGAACAUGUACAAAUCGUUCCUGUUUGAUCUCCUUUAAACCAGGUGCAUUUCUUCCCCUGGUGCCUGUUCAGCCUAUUGUUCUUCGAUAUCCCAACACUCUGGAUACAGUCACCUGGACAUGGCAAGGAUACACUGUGGCAAAACUUCUACUUAUGACCGUAUGUCAAGUCUGUACCAAUGUAGAAGUAGAGUUUCUGCCAGUUUAUGUUCCGUCUGAAGAUGAGAAGAAAGAUUAUUUUCUAUAUGCAAACAAUGUUCGGAAUGUCAUGGCACGAUCUCUUGGAAAACCAAUCACAGAUCAUACCUAUGAAGACUGCAGACUAAUGUUAACAGCUCGAGAUCUGACUUUACCCAUGGAGGCUGGCCUUGUAGAGUUCACAAAAAUCAGCAGGAAGUUAAACCUAAAGUGGAAAAAUUUUCAGCAACAGCUAGAAGUGUAUGCAUCUAUUGCCGACUUGUCAAAAGGCGGAAGAAUUGGAAUUGAAGAGUUUGCUACCCAUCUUAAGCUUCCAGUAUCUGAUCUACUAAAAGAGCUAUUUGCAUUAUUUGACAGGGACAGAGAUGGUACCAUAGACUUCAGAGAGUAUGUAAUUGGCAUAGCAAUCCUUUGUAAUCCUGACAAUUCUGAGGAUACUAUCCAAAUGGCAUUUAAGUUAUUUGAUAUUGAUGGAGACGGCAGCAUCACAGAGAAUGAAUUUAGUUCCCUGUUACGAUCUUCACUGGGUGUCCCAGACCUUGAUGUUUCCAAACUUUUCCAGGAUAUGGAUGCUGAUGAAUCAGGAAAGAUCUGUUAUGAGGAGUUCAAAAACUUUUUUCUCAAUCAUCCAGAAUAUGCAAAAUUAUUCACAACUUACCUUGACCACCAGAAAUAUUACUUGCAUGUACUGCAGCAGGAGGAGGAGGAAGAUAAGAUUUUAGAACAAUCCAUAGGUGAAAAUCAAGACAUCAACAGCAGCACAGAGGAAGCUCUUAGCUCAUCAGACAAAAAAGAAGACUGAAUGAAACAAGGAUUUUUAAAAGUUUAGUUCCUAUGUGCAAGUUUGCAUAGGGCUUUUCCAUAGUGUUAUGUUUGGGGACAUUUACUAAGUGCUGCGCCCAUUUUCAGUUAGCUGGAUUUACUAAGAGCUUUAUUAAAUCCAGCAGCUCUGUGCCUAGAGUAAAAAUGUACACCAGCUCGGAGCUGGUGUAGAUUUCUGAAAUUUGUGUUGUCGUACAUAUGGCAUAAAGUUGCAUGUGCAUAGGGCGUGUCUCCUGUGUGCCCCUUAACACGUCGACAUGCAUUCCUCCAGGCUCCUCAAAAGUCAAUUCAAAAUUCAAAAGUCAAAUUUUUGUGCAAAUUUUUUUUUUUUUUUUUGCUAUUUGGAAAAACCUAGGUGAAAUUAGUCAUCUUCACAAGGCUGUUUGAUGUUUCCAUUUCCUGAACCAUUUCAUAAAUGUGGAAAUCCACAAUUCUUUUUCUGAUCUCUUGACUCAUUUCUUUAGAUUUUUUAAGAUAUCAGACAAAUGGUCAUUUAGGCCUUAGUAGGCUAUAAAGGGAAGCGGACAUUCCAUUCUUGCUGCCUGAACCAUGUAGCAUGGUUCUCCCCUGUGGCUUCUACCUGCCUUACAGACCUUUAUUGAUAGAUCUAUCAAUAAUUGCUAGCAGGCCAGGCAGAAACCAACAGAGACCACCUUUGUGAAUAAAUCAUGUAUCAAAUAUUGUCUCAAGUACAUCUACAAUUAACUCAUAUGACGUCAACUAGCAACCAAAAAAUUCUACAACCAUAACAAUAUUUUCUGGAUUUUUCAAAGCCACAGUCAACUUGGUCUAUGCCAACUUCUGACCCAAUGACAUUUUGAAAAAAAGUUAUUUAAAAUUAAAUGUAAACAUAUGCAAUCUUUUGAGGGGAUAGAUAUGAGUUUUAAUGACUUCAGCCUAAGUGUAUGUAAAUGUAUGACUUCAUCUGUAGAUGGAUGGCAUUUCCUUUGAAUGGCUUGAAGGGAAAAUAUGUCACCAAUUCUGAAUUUUUUUUUACAUGAUUCUAAUACAUCUAAAGUUUUAAAUAAACCACUUUGUAUGUGGUCUAAACUAAACAAUGCUUACUAUUUUGUGUCUUCAGCUCUUAUGCAGAUCUAUGGGUCACCAUGGUAACAAGCUACAAACAGACUCCAUAUGGUCUGAUUCUGCAGUAAUACUACAUUGUUCUUUAUGUACUUUAAAGGAAAUCUGUCAUCAGUUAUACCUGCACUAACCUGUCGGUACCGACAGGUAGUGCAGGUGACACUG